AUCAAAUACACACAAAAGAAAAGAAUGGUAUGUCGUAUCUAGUCAAUGAUAAUCCACCAUGGUAUCUCUGUAUGUUAUUGGGCUUUCAGCAUUACCUGACCAUGUUUGGGUCUACUGUGGCAGUUCCUUUUGUCAUUGCUCGACCCAUGUGCUUCAGUGAUAACCCCUUGGUGCUUAGUGAAAUCAUCAGUACGAUAUUCUUUAUAUCUGGAGUGUGUACACUAAUACAGACUUGCGUCGGCACAAGGCUUCCAGUUGUACAAGGYGCUACAUUUGCUUUUCUUGGACCAACGUUUGCUAUUCUAUCUCUGGAUAAGUGGAAAUGCCCUCCUGCAGCUUCUAACUCAACCAACAUUACCGAUGACCCUGAUGCAUGGAAAUCAAGAAUGAAUGAGAUUCAAGGCGCCAUCAUGGUCUCAUCAUUAUUUCAAAUGUUGAUUGGAUUCACGGGACUCAUUGGUUUUUUGCUGCGAUUUAUUGGGCCACUCACAAUAGCUCCAACGGUUACACUUGUUGGGCUAGCCCUGUUUAGUGCCGCUGCUGACUUUUCAGGUACACACUGGGGAAUAUCAGCUCUGACUAUGGUACUUAUUAUAACAUUCUCACAGUAUAUCAGAGGUUUUGAUGUACCCGUGUUUGUAUACCAGCGAAACAGUGGUUGUUUAAAGAAGAAGUUUGCACUUUUCAGGCUUUUUCCAAUUAUCCUAGCUAUCAUUAUAGCUUGGAUUGUAUGUGUCAUAAUCACUGAAGUGGGAGGAUUUGCUUAUGAUUCAAAAGCAAGAACGGAUGGAAGAAUUUCUGUACUAAAACAAGCUAAUUGGUUCCGUUUUCCAUAUCCCGGGCAAUGGGGCACACCAACAGUGAGUUUAGCAGGAGUAUUUGGUAUGCUAGCUGGCGUGUUAGCCUCCAUGAUAGAAUCAAUAGGAGACUAUUUUGCCUGUGCAAGACUAAGCGGUGCUCCUCCUCCACCCGAUCAUGCUGUCAAUCGCGGUAUUGCUAUGGAAGGAAUUGGUUGUCUACUGGCAGGGGCAUGGGGAAGUGGCAACGGUACAACCUCCUAUAGUGAAAAUGUUGGUGCCAUUGGUAUUACCAAGGUCGGCAGCAGACGUGUCAUCCAAGUAGCUGCUUUGAUCAUGAUUUUCCUUGGAAUGUUUGGCAAGUUUGGUGCUCUAUUUACAACCAUCCCUGACCCUAUAGUUGGAGGUGUGUUCAUGAUUAUGUUUGGAAUGAUAACCGCUGUAGGGAUAUCCAAUUUACAAYUUGUGGAUAUGAAUUCAUCGCGGAACCYCUUUGUACUUGGGUUUYCGUUAAUGCUUGGAAUGGCAAUACCUUACUGGGUGAAGGAAAAUGGUGACAAAGCAAUACAAACAGGUUAUUCAGAGAUUGACCAAAUCAUCAAAGUUCUUCUGAGYACCAAUAUGUUUGUUUCGGGUYUUUUUGGGUGCCUUUUUGACAACACUGUCCCAGGCACAUUGGAGGAAAGAGGUAUGCUUAGAUGGAGAAGGCGCGAUGUUGAGGACAAAGCAGUUGACAAGACCAACACCUCCAGUGAAAUCUACAAUCUCCCAUGGUGUCUCUCGAGAGUGUCUCAGUGGGAAGGUUCCAAGUAUAUUCCAUUUCUCCCUUAUUAUCCAUCUGUURCGCCAGUAUUAGAGAGGAACACUGGUGCCACAACAAACUUUUAGUCCCUUUUCGGGUGUUCAUUGUAUAUGGUUUAUUUUUUCGUUGGGAGGUGGUGGACUCCUCGUGGAUAAAUUAAGCUAAAGUUGGUUGAAUCCUCAAGAAAAACUUUAAAACUUGUACAGAA